AUGUCCGCACUCCAACCACCCCGCAUCAACACCCAAGACCCCGGUGCUCAUGACCUCUCCGGCAGCGAAGACGAGCACUUCUCCUCCGCUUCCGAAGGCGACACACCUCGUGGCCACAACCGGGCUCCCAGCACACCCGUCACUCGGGUCGAGCGGGUAGAUGAUCAACCAGCUCAUGGAGAGGUGCCCGGUACAUCUGCCUAUAAUCUCCGAACCCAGGAUGCCGUACCCGAUGAAGUCGAGAUCGUACCCGAUGGCCAGCGAAGUCGCAGCGCCACUAGGACUCGUGCUUUGAGCGGUCUGAGCGAAAGCGGUAUUGCCCGUCCGUCAACUCCCGGUGGCUCAUCCAUACCGAAGACGAUUGUGGAAAGAGUGGAUGACAAACCUGCGCAUGGGGAAGUGGAAGGUACACUAGCAAAGGAGCAGAGAAUGGCUGAUGCUGAGCCGGAUGAGGUGAGGCAGGCACCAGCCAUAGCGGUGGAUGGGGUCGUUCACGAGGGUAGAGAUGACGAUCGAGAAGUAGAGGGUGAUGAGCAACAAGGGGCUUGGCUAAAGUCUGUGUGGGAAGGUAAGCAGGGGGGACCUACUGCUAAGAGUGAGGACCAAGAUGAAGCAGAAGAGGAAGACGAUGGCUUUGGGGACGACUUUGAUGAAUUCAACGAAGGAGGUGGCGACGACGACUUUGGUGACUUUGACGAGGCGGGUGAAGCAGAAGCAGAGACUGAAGAGCCCCAACAAACAAAACAACCCGCUAUACCAAAUAUCUUAGCCGGUCUUCCCCCCCUUAACCUCUCAAACCUCACCCGCACCCAACGCCAAGAAGCACUAACCCCCUACCUCACCGCCAUCUUCCCCACCUCCACGCCACUCCCGAAUACCAAAGACGUCGCACCCAUCGACCCCACCAAAACCUCCCCCUUCCUCUCCGACCGCUCACACUCCCUCUGGCAACAACUCGUCUCCCCCCCACCCAUGCAACCCCCCAACUGGACCCGCUCCCGCAUCCGCCGUCUCUUCCUCGUUUCCCUCGGCGUACCGGUGGAUUUAGAUGAGAUUCUCCCGCCUAGUAAACAGAAGCGAUUGGUGCUGCCGAAUAUCAAUCUCCCCUCUACCUCAGCCUCACCGCGGCCGUCGACCACACUGGAUAGGCUAAAAGACUCCACCUUGGCGAACGACUCAAGUACCUCCCUCGACUCAAAACACAACCCCAAACCACGAAGCUCAAAACGCACAACAACGGCCAAAGGACCCCCGCCACCGCCCGACUUCGACCUCAAUGCCGCGGCGCUGCUGUGUAGUACCACAUCACAAGCCAUGUCCGUCUAUCUAGACGACGAGCUGAAGGGGCAUGUCGCGGGCUUGGAGGGGUUGAACAGAGAUGCUAGUAAGGUGUUGGAGUAUUGGCUGCAGAGGAAGGAUGAGGGGUUGAAGGAGAAGGAGGUGUUGGAGGGGGUUAUUGAGAAUUUGGUGGGGUUUGUUAAGGGGAGGAGGGGGAAGUAG